CUACUACUACUACUCAUAUAUAAAAUCCUCCAUUCGUUUCUCAUUUCUUAUAUUUCCCUCACCAAGAAUUCUCUCUUUCUUGUUCCUCCUCUUAUAUAAUCCUCUCCCUUCAUUUUUUCAGUACAUAUAUUAUGUGCUUGUUUUGAUUAGAGGAGAGUGAGAAGAGAAAGAAGAAAACCAGUGUUUGAAAAAAAUUGACAGAACAAAAUGGCGGUGACAACUCACUCUCUAACCGCUACAGAAAAGAAACAUUGGUGGCUCACAAACCGUAAGAUUGUGGAGAAAUACAUAAAAGACGCACGAAGCUUAAUAGCAACACAAGAACAGAGCGAGAUCCUUUCAGCUUUGAAUCUUCUCGACGCAGCUUUAGCUAUAUCACCGCGUUUGGAUCAAGCUCUUGAGCUAAGAGCUAGGUCAUUGCUUUACCUAAGAAGAUUCAAAGAUGUUGCUGAUAUGCUUCAAGACUACAUUCCGAGUUUGAGAAUGACUAAUGAAGAUCCUUCCUCUGGUUCUUCUUCUUCUUCUUCUUCUUCUGAUAGUUCUUCUUCUAGAGAAGGAGUGAAGCUUCUUUCAUCUGAUUCACCUGUUCGAGAUCAGAGUUUUAAGUGCUUCUCUGUUUCUGAUCUUAAGAAGAAGGUUAUGGCAGGUCUUUGUAAAAGUUGUGAGAAAGAAGGGCAAUGGAGAUACUUGGUUUUGGGUGAAGCAUGCUGCCAUCUAGGACUGAUGGAGGAUGCAAUGGUUCUUCUCCAAACAGGAAAAAGAAUUGCAAGUGCAGCAUUCCGGAGAGAGAGUGUCUGCUGGUCCGACGACAGUUUUCCUCUAUUAACUAUCCCAUUGGCCGGAGACACCCCAAACCAACAACCCACCACACCGCCACGAGCUCCUCUCAACGAAACAGAAAGCGUAACACACCUCCUCAGCCACAUCAAAUUCCUCCUCCGCCGUCGUGCAGCAGCACUUGCUGCCCUUGAUGCUGGUCUCUACUCAGAAGCCAUUCGCCAUUUCUCAAAAAUAGUAGACGGUCGCCGUGCUGCCCCACAAGGCUUCCUUGCCGAAUGCUACAUGCACAGAGCAUCUGCACACCGUUCUGCUGGUCGCAUUGCAGAGUCCAUUGCCGAUUGUAACCGCACUCUUUCACUAGACCCAACCUGCAUUCAAGCACUUGAAACCAGAGCUUCACUCUUCGAAGCAAUUCGUUGUUUACCUGAUUCACUACACGAUUUAGAACAUUUAAAGCUGCUCUACAACUCCAUCUUACGUGAUCGUAAACUUCCCGGUCCAGCAUGGAAACGCCACAAUGUAAGAUACAGAGAGAUUCCAGGGAAACUUUGUGCCUUAACCACUAAGAUACAAGAAUUGAAACAAAGAUUAUCUUCUGGUGAAACCACUAGUGUUGAUUACUAUGCAUUGAUUGGAGUUCGACGUGGGUGUUCCCGUUCUGAAUUGGAAAGAGCUCAUUUGUUGCUAUGUCUCCGCCAUAAGCCAGAUAAAGCUACAAAUUUCAUUGAAAGGUGUGAGUUUGCGGAUGAACGUGAUAUUGAUACGGUUAAGGAGAAAGCAAAGAUGUGUUCAUUGUUGUUGUAUAGAUUGGUUCAAAAGGGUUACACAAGUGUGAUGAGUAAUGUUUUAGAUGAGGAAGCUGCUGAGAAACAAAGGAAGAAGAAUGUUGCUGCUGCAGCACAAGCACAAGCAGCAGCAAUUCAAGUUCAAGUGAAGAAAACAAAUGAAGCUGAGCUGAAAAAUAACAAGGCUGAAAAUAAGAGUAGUAAUGUUUUUGUGGAAAAUGACCAGCCUCUGAUAUCUUCUUGUACCGUGAAUCCUGCGGUAUUUCAAGGUGUGUUUUGCCGUGAUCUUGCGGUGGUAGGAAGCUUGUUGACGCAGGCACGAUUUAAUCGAACAAUGCCGGUGAAGUAUGAAGCAUUGAGCUGCUAAGUUUUGAUGAAAAAUUGGUGGGAAGGGAUAUGUUGGAGAUGUUACAGGCAGAGGGAAUCUCUGGUUCGUUCAUUCACAUUUGAUAUGAUUGUACAAACAAAAUGCAAAUGGGUAAAAAAAGUUUAGAAUGCCGGAAAAUUUUGUCACCUUUUCCUUUUUUUAUAUUUAAUAUUAGUAAUCUUCUUUUUUAUCUAUCAGAUGUACAGAUCGAUUAUCAGUAUUAUUGAGACACUACUUUUGGAUUUUUCCCUUGAACCAAACA